AUGCUUAAAAAGAAGACGUUGGCUCCGUCUCUCUUCUUCCGGAAUCAUCCUCCUACCGCAACCCCCGAAUUGUCCCCCACCUCCUCAGACAGCGACUCCGAAGAGGAUAUGGAAUCAACUGGCUCCCGGCCCGCCAGUCUCACCAUCUCGUCGGGGGCCUUCUCCAUGCGGCCGACGCUCGAUGAGGUGCUGGCCAACAUCGCUCCACCUCCAUACACCUUGAGCGCCUUCAUGGCCUACCUCUCCCAGAACCACUGUCUCGAAACCUUGGAAUUCACCAUGGAGGCCAACCGAUACCGGGAUUCCUACUACGCCCUGACCGAACGACUCGGUCCCGCCGCGUUGGAAUCGGAAUGUGCCGAGACUCAGCACCUGCGAAUGCUCUGGAAACGUCUAUUGGCCGCCUACAUCUUCCCGGGGUCGCCCCGCGAGAUCAACCUGUCAAGCGAAGUCCGAGACGCACUGCUGAAGUACAAGAAUGUCUCUGUGCCGCCCGUGCCAGAGACCUUAGAUUCCGCCGUGAAGCGCAUCCACGAAUUGAUGGAGGAAUCCAUCUUCCUCCCUUUCCUCAACAGCCACACCACCUCCCCUUCCAUGAGUCCCUCCGACCCCUUCAUGGGCCCCGACGACUUCAUGAGUCUAUCAUCCACGAGCCUGGACGAGCACUCGAUGAAAAGGGUGCGAUCGCGCGUGUCCAAGCGCAUCUCCCCGCAGUCGUCGCUCAAGGAUCUUCCCGCAACCGGUCACAGCCGCUCAACCAUGUCCCUCGGCGCUGUGCAUGCCAUCGGCAAACGCACUUCCGGCGGUCUGCUCAGCACCAGCGGCGAGUCGACUUACCUGUCUCUAACCGAUGACUCUUCCUCUCCGCAGUCCAGCCCCACUGCUGAGGAGCCAAUGACGCCGCCCACCACCCCACCUGCCGGCGAGCCGCAUCUGCAUAUUCAAAGCCCCAAACUUCGCACCGAGAACCCUUGGAAGAAGAUGGGUAUGAAGCUUGGGUUUAAGAAGCGUUCCACUGGAGGCAGCAAUGGUGGUCCUCGUGAUCCUAAGAUCCUUGGUCUUGACGACUAA